GAGCCCUAAAACUCACCCUUCAGCCAAUAACAAGUGAAGCUUAUAAUCUGCUAGCUCCAAUAGAUUCAUCAAUCAUGCCAAGUCCGAGAGCCCUUAAUUUAGUUUGCUUGGUUGUGUGCAUCAUGGUCAUGACUGCAUCCACCACUAAAGCAGCGAUUUCAUGUAAUCAGGUGAUUAACACCUUAACCCCUUGCAUAUCCUAUGUAGUCGGCAAUGGGGCACUGACAGGCAACUGCUGCAAUGCGAUCAGGGGAAUUAACAGUGCGGCCCGUACCACACCGGAUCGCCAGAGCGUGUGUACGUGCUUGAAAAACACGGCUAGUCAAUUCUCAUACAAUAGUCGUAAUGUUGCUCUUGCUGCUGGACUUCCCGGCAAAUGUGGGGUUAAACUUCCUUACAAGAUUGACCCCUCUACUGACUGCAAAAGUGUGAAGUAAAAGCUGAACAUGGAUUGAUGCUGUUCUGUGUUUUGUCUACGGGGAUCUCCUGAGUUGUACGAGAAUAAGUGGCUUCUACUUGAUCACGAGGAAGUUUUCUGUUUAAUUUCUAGUACCCUUUGUAGCUUGGUCUACCAUGUUGUGUGACGAGAAUUAAGCAGAUGUACAGGACUAAGAAAACUAGUUGUGUUGUUUAUGCAUCUACCUACUUUUAUUAUGAGCAAAUUACUUUGGAUUUUCCAUGGUUUAAGCGUUCUAA